UAAGUCCAGGCUUUGAAUCAAAAUGAUUUCUGUUUUACCAGGAGGUCCAGAAGGAAGGGGAUCAAGUGACCCAGGAAAUCAUGGGGAUUUCUCCUUCUACUGGUGGCAUAUGAAGGUCUACAAUGAAACCUAGGGAGUUCGUGAUGAUUGUCGUCUUCGGUUUGGAGUUCAUCAUUCGAAUCUGGUCUGCGGGUUGCUGUUGUCGCUACAGGGGAUGGCAAGGAAGACUGAGGUUUGCCCGAAAGCCCUUCUGUGUUAUAGAUACCAUUGUUCUUAUCGCUUCAAUAGCAGUUGUUUCUGCAAAAACUCAGGGUAACAUUUUUGCCACGUCCGCACUCAGAAGUCUCCGCUUCCUACAGAUCCUCCGUAUGGUGCGCAUGGACCGGAGGGGAGGCACCUGGAAAUUACUAGGCUCAGUGGUUUAUGCUCACAGCAAGGAAUUAAUCACAGCUUGGUACAUAGGAUUUCUGGUUCUUAUUUUUUCAUCUUUCCUUGUCUAUCUGGUGGAGAAGGAUGCCAAUAAAGAGUUUUCUACAUAUGCAGAUGCUCUGUGGUGGGGCACAAUUACAUUGACCACUAUUGGCUAUGGAGACAAAACUCCACUAACUUGGCUGGGAAGAUUGCUUUCUGCAGGCUUUGCACUCCUUGGCAUUUCUUUCUUUGCACUUCCUGCCGGCAUUCUAGGCUCAGGUUUUGCAUUAAAAGUACAGGAACAGCACCGCCAGAAACACUUUGAGAAAAGAAGGAACCCAGCUGCCAACCUCAUUCAGUGUGUUUGGCGUAGUUAUGCAGCUGAUGAGAAAUCUGUUUCUAUUGCAACCUGGAAGCCACACUUGAAGGCCUUGCACACCUGCAGCCCUACCAAGAAAGAACAAGGGGAAACAUCAAGCAGUAAGUUCUGUAGUAAUAAGCAGAAGCUCUUCAGAAUGUACACCUCACGGAAGCAGAGUCAGAAGCUAAGUUUUAAGGAGCGUGUGCGCAUGGCUAGCCCGAGGGGCCAGAGUAUUAAGAGCAGACAAGCUUCAGUAGGUGACAGGAGGUCCCCGAGCACCGACAUCACAGCCGAGGGCAGUCCCACCAAAGUGCAGAAGAGCUGGAGUUUCAACGACCGAACCCGCUUCCGGCCAUCACUGCGCCUCAAAAGUUCUCAGCCAAAACCAGUGAUAGAUGCUGACACAGCCCUUGGCACUGAUGACGUAUAUGAUGAAAAAGGAUGCCAGUGUGAUGUAUCCGUAGAAGAUCUCACUCCACCACUUAAAACUGUCAUUCGAGCUAUCAGGUUGGUAAAAGUCUUGAACAAAAUGAUUCGGAGACAUAUCUCUGAUUCUUUGAGUUAUAUGUUGUUAAGUUGUUUUUUCAUCAGGUAAAUCUCCUGGAAUAACUACUUCCCUAUUCCUCUACUUUCCUAUUAAAUUGUUAAGUAUUCUCCUGUAAUCCUAGCUGUGUGGGAGACAUAAGUAGGAGAACCACAGUCUAAGACCAACCCCAAGCAAAAGUGCAAGACACUAUCUAAAAACAAACUUAAGCAUUUUAGGGCAGGGAGGAACAGGGCAAGUGGUAGAGGACUUGCCCAGCAAGUGUGAGGCCCUGAGUUCAAACCCCAGUAUCACAUCCCCCCACAAAAAUUGAACUAUCUUUUCUUAAUACAAAACUUUACUGUGUUCAACACAAAUAUGUUGUAAAAUGUGGUGAGAUUUGAAA